GUGAAGCUUUAACUUCAGACUUUGAGGUGGGCUGUGUGCACGUAACUGGAAUGCUUUCCUUCUCUCACUCCUUCGCAGCGUAGGAGAAGUGAUCUGACACAGUAUACGCUCACACCAUAGCUGCUAUAAGCUGCUCUUGCUUUUUGUUACUGGACCUGAAAUAAGGGCUUUUAUUACUUCGCAUAACCAUUCGAAGUGGAAUAACGGCUGUUGCUGCAUUGUAAAUAAGAAUUCUUUUUCUCACCUUGCAGGAAAUUAACAGCUUAAAGGACACUUUAUAAGAGGAGUGGUUUUUUUAAGAAGGAAUAAGCAUGUUCCUGUUUCUUCAGAAGAAUAUUAAAUGAAUUAAAGAAAAACAAUCUAUUGUAAAAUAACUCAUAUGGUUAUAGAGCAUGAGGAAAUAUUUUCUGCAUUGGAAAUUUUGAACAAGUGUUCAGAAGUGAAAGUUGGAAGCAGUUCUUUCACAGCAGGUAUGGAUUUAUCAGAAUGUAGCUACUGUACAAAGUUAAUACUUGGAUAAUUUGGGACAGAACCUCCCUUUUUUUAUUUCUUGGACCUUCUGAAGAGUCUAUCAUCAUUCAAGUUUCAGCAUAAUGAAUGAUUUCCAUCAUGUGGAGCUGAAGUUAGUAUCUUUGACUACUAUGCUAUACAGAAGAGUUUGUAAGAAAUACAAGGAAAUCAAUUUCUGUUAAGGGUUUACACAAAACAAAAGAGAUUCUUCAUGCACAGACUUUGUUUGAAGAACAAAACAGAAAUCUCAUUCCUGCAUCGUGACAGGAAGUUGAAGCUUUUCUUCUCCACAACCUGGUGUGCUUAUGUACCAUGAUAAACCUUUGUUGGAAUGUUCACUGAAUACAGUGGAACUAGUCAUAAAGCAUUUACUACCAACAACGAUUACUUGAGUAAACACAGUCAAGGAAGACCAGCUGCGUGGAAUAAACCAUAAGACUCCAAAAGUCAUUCUCCUCAGUCAAAAAUUUAUGUUUAUUGGAUUUCUGCAAGCAGAAAGUUUACUCAUACUUUUAAAUAAGGUUGUUGAAGACCAGAAAACUAGACUGUGUACAAAUCUCAUUGUUCCUGACCAUGAUCAGUGUAACUUGGAACAUCUUCCUAAUAUGGACUAAGAUAGGGCUGUUGCUUAAAAUGGCACCUCAUUCUGUCAGUGCCAAAUCAUGCCCAUCGGUGUGUCGCUGUGAUGCAGGUUUCAUUUAUUGUAAUGAUCGUGAAUUGACAUCAAUUCCUACAGGAAUUCCACAGGAUGCUACCACCCUCUACCUUCAGAACAACCAAAUAAAUAAUGCUGGGAUUCCUUCAGACCUGAAAAACUUGCUUAGGGUAGAGAGAAUAUACUUGUAUCACAACAGUUUAGAUGAAUUCCCUACCAAUCUCCCUAAGUAUGUUAAAGAACUGCAUUUGCAGGAAAAUAAUAUAAGAACCAUUACUUAUGAUUCACUUUCACAAAUUCCUUAUCUGGAAGAAUUGCAUUUGGAUGAUAAUUCAGUUUCUGCUGUUAGUAUUGAAGAUGGAGCUUUCCGGGACAACAUCUAUCUCAGACUACUUUUUCUCUCUCGAAAUCACCUUAGCACCAUUCCCUGGGGUUUGCCUAAAACGAUAGAAGAGCUACGCUUGGAUGAUAAUCGUAUUUCCACAAUUUCAGAGGUGUCCCUUCAAGAUCUUACAAAUCUAAAACGUCUGGUUUUAGAUGGAAAUCUUUUAAACAAUCACGGAUUAGGAGACAAAGUCUUCAUAAAUCUAGUCAAUCUAACAGAACUGUCAUUGAUCCGCAAUUCCCUUACAGCUGCUCCCAUAAAUUUGCCAGGCACAAACCUAAGAAAGCUUUAUCUUCAAGAAAAUCAUAUAAAUCGUGUACCACCUAAUGCUUUCUCUGACCUAAGGCAGUUGUAUCGACUAGAUAUGUCCAAUAACAAUCUAAGCAAUUUACCUCAGAGUAUCUUUGAUGACCUGGACAACAUAACUCAAUUGUUUCUUCGUAACAACCCAUGGUACUGUGGAUGCAAAAUGAAAUGGGUCCGUGACUGGCUUCAAUCAUUGCCUUUAAAAGUUAACGUACGUGGACUGAUGUGUCAAGCACCAGAGAAAGUGCGUGGAAUGGCUAUCAAGGACCUCAGCACAGAGCUAUUUGACUGUAAGGAUGAUAAUACUGGAAGCACCAUCCAAAUUACUACUGCAAUACCAAACACAUUAUAUCCUGCCCAAGGGCACUGGCCAGUUUCUGUGACCAAACAGUCAGACAUAAAGACUCCCAAUCUAAAUAGAAACUACAGAACCACAGCAAGUCCAGUACGGAAAAUCAUUACAAUCAUUGUGAAAUCUGUAAGCACCGAGAGCAUUCAUAUUUCUUGGAAAGUUGCACUACCAAUGACUGCUUUAAGACUGAGCUGGCUAAAAAUGGGUCACAGCCCUGCCUUUGGAUCUAUAACUGAAACGAUAGUUACAGGAGAUAGGAGUGACUACCUACUCACAGCCCUUGAGCCAGAGUCACCAUACCGUGUAUGUAUGGUUCCCAUGGAAACCAGCAACAUCUAUCUGUCUGAUGAAACCCCUGUUUGUAUAGAGACUGAAACAGCACCUCUUAAGAUGUACAAUCCUACAACAACCCUAAACCGAGAGCAAGAGAAAGAACCUUACAAAAAUUCUAAUUUACCUUUGGCUGCCAUCAUAGGUGGUGUGGUGGCACUAGUAGCUAUAGCACUGCUUGCGUUAGUGUGCUGGUAUGUCCACAGAAAUGGAUCCUUGUUUUCAAGGAACUGUGCAUACAGCAAAGGACGGAGGAGAAAAGAUGAUUAUGCUGAAGCUGGAACUAAGAAGGACAACUCCAUCCUAGAAAUCAGGGAGACUUCUUUUCAGAUGAUACCAAUAAAUAAUGACCAAGUAUCCAAGGAGGAGUUUGUAAUACAUACCAUAUUCCCACCGAAUGGAAUCAAUCUGUAUAAAAACAACCACAGUGAAAGCAGCAGUAACAGAAGCUACAGAGACAGUGGUAUACCAGAUUCAGAUCAUUCACAUUCAUGAUACUGAACGAAAUAAUGGACAGGAAAGAGUGACUAUAAAGGUUGCUGUUCUACUGCAAAACACUGGAUUAAAAGACUGAAAAAGCAAUGUACUGUACAUUUGCCAUAUAAUUUAUAUUUAAGAACUUUUUAUUAAAAGUUUCCAAUUUCAGGUUACUCCUGCAAUUAAUGCAGUGGGGAUACCUGACCACAAUUCUCUAUUUUAGUACUUUUUAGUAAUUUGUACUGUAUUUUCCUUGCUAAUAUUGAAGUUACAGCCCAUUUAACUUUUGUGUUCUACUGAGUAAGAUGACUUGUUGACUGUGAAAGUGAAUUUUCUUGCUGUGUUGAACAAUCAGGACUUUGCAUUCAUUUAAGAUCCUUGUAAGUAUAAGCACAGGCCAUUUUUCACUUUGGUAUUAAUAAAAUAUUAAACCUGGCAGACAGAGGAGAUGAAAAAGUGGUUGCAAAAAUUCUUAGAACUAUAAUGUUGGGUCUAUUAACUCUGUAAACCACGACAAUACUCAAUAAACAAAAAUGUGCGUGGUAA